AGGUAAGAGCACACGGAUUGCCUUCAUUCAUAAAUCUCCGUUCUUGCUACUUGCGAGUCAACACCUUCCAAUUAAUCAUUGGUGAGCGCUCCUUCUGAUCUUCUGCAGAAAUGAAAUUAACCCUUCACUGGGAAGGAAAAUUUCAGCUCCAAUUAUGUAUCAUCCUCUUCCUCACCACGUCCCCUGUAUCUUCUUCUUCUUCAUCCUGCUCGACGUGGCUGCCUCCCAACCCCUCGGAAACUACUGCCCAAAUAGCACCACCACCUAUACUACAAACAGCACUUUUCAUUCCAACCUCAUGGCCCUCCUCUCCGCCCUCGCAUCAAAUGCCACCCGCCCAAACGGUUUCUACAACUCCACCGUCGGCAGCCGCAACUCCACCGCGUACGGCCUCUUCAUGUGCCGCGGCGACGUCUCAACGUCCGGCUGCGCGACGUGCGUGAGUGAUGCCGGCACGAAUAUACUGAAGCUGUGCCCCAAUAAAAGGACCGCCGACAUUUGGUACGACAAUUGUAUGUUGCGUUACUCGGAUGUGUCUAUGUUCGGAAGAGCUGACCAGUCGAUAGUGCUGAAUUUGUACAAUACCCAGAAUGAUACGCAACCGGCGAGGUUUAUGCAGGCGGUCGGUAACACGAUGGGUCAGAUGGCAGCUGCGGCGGCCGCCGGGGACAGAUCCGGCAGGAAAUUCGCGACCCUGGAAGCUAAUUUUUCGGCGUUUGAGAAGAUCUAUAGUCUGGGGCAGUGCACGCCGGAUCUCUCCGUGAUGGAUUGCCAGAGCUGUUUGGGGAGUGCAAUCCAACGGCUGCCAGGGUGUUGCUAUUCGGCACUGGGUGCUAGAACGAUCUACCCAAGCUGUAAUGUUAGAUAUGAGACAUACCCUUUCUAUAAUAGCACCGCCGCCUCUCCUCCACCGCCGCCUCCGUCUCCUACCCGCCGUCCUCCCUCCAGUCAGCCUCCCGUUUCUGCCCCCAGUGAAGGAAGGAAGAAACAUUCUUCUUCAAAAGUGAUUAUUAUUGCUAUUGUAGUUCCGGUUGUUGGGAUUAUACUCUUCAUUGCAAUCUUGUGCUGUGUAAGAACUAGAUAUGUCAAGAAAGAAUUAACAGCACACCUUACAGAUGUGUCUGGGAUUUCAAGUGAUGAGUCCUUGCAAUAUAAUUUUGUUACUAUUCAAGCAAUUACAAACGGUUUUGCCCCUGAAAGUAAAAUUGGCGAAGGUGGAUAUGGUUCAGUAUACAAGACAAAUACAUUCAGGGAAAGCUUCCUGGUGGACCAGAUGUAGCUGUAAAAAGGCUUUCAAGAACAUCAGGCCAAGGGGCCCAAGAGUUCAAGAAUGAGGUUGAAGUAGUAGCACAGCUUCAACAUAGAAAUUUAGUAAGGCUGCUCGGCUAUUGCUCAGAAGGAGAAGAAAAGAUACUAAUCUAUGAAUUUGUGCCCAACAAGAGUCUUGACUACUUUUUAUUUGAUGAUGAAAAGAGGCACUUAUUGGAUUGGUCAAGGCGUUACAAAAUCAUAGAAGGGAUAGCACGAGGACUGGUAUACCUUCACGAAGAUUCCCGCCUUAGAAUUAUACAUCGUGACCUCAAAGCAGGCAACGUGCUGCUCGAUGAAAAUAUGAACUCGAAAAUCGCAGAUUUUGGAAUGGCCAAAAUUUUUGGAGUCGAUCAAACCCAAGGAAAUACAAACAGAGUUGUUGGAACAUAUGGCUACAUGUCUCCCGAGUAUGCAAUGCAUGGGCAAUUCUCAGUCAAGUCUGAUGUUUAUAGUUUUGGUGUUCUUGUUUUGGAGAUCAUAACUGGGAAAAAGAGUUCCAACUUCACUGAAACAAGUGAAGCCCAUGAUCUUCUUAGCUAUGCAUGGAAAUAUUGGAGGGAUGGGAGGCCAUUAGAGAUAUUGGAUCCUAUACUUGGAGAUACCUACUCAAGAAAUGAAGUCAUCCAAUGCAUCCAUUUGGGCUUGUUGUGUGUUCAAGAAGAUAUUGACGAGAGGCCUACGAUGGCCAAUAUCAUUCUCAUGCUCAGUAGUUAUUCUGUCACCCGGCCUGUCCCACAUCAACCGGCUUUCUUUUACAGUGGAAGAUCAGAGAUGAUGCAGAAAGGGGGGUUCAUGUUGUCGGAUCAGUACACAAGUGAUUCCAUUCCCUUGUCUGUAAAUGAAGUGUCCAUUACUGAGCUUUAUCCAAGAUAAUAUUAAAAGGAUAUACAAGUAAAGUUUAUGAAAAUUGGGAAAUAAAAUAGCUGAGGAAUUAUUGAAACCUCAUUCAAUUCACUGUUUAUAAAUGUAAGUGCGGGACAAGGAACGAUGCAUACACUUAAAGUACCAUACUAG